AUGUCCAACUACAACGGCCGACACGGGCCCAAUGUGUCCAACUACCUCCGCGACCUCAACACCAUCUCUCCCCAAGAGAGCUCUGUCGACGAAAACUUCCCCAUGGAGGGCGACCUAGCUCUCUUCACAAACACCGAGUUCUUCGACUUCGAGACAGGCCAAAACACCGAUUUCCAGGCCCAGCCUACCAAGGAGGUUGCCCAUUCUACACCCGCGUCCGAUGAUGUGAGCGCUACUCCCUCUGUCAUGGGGGACAUGCCCAACUUGGACUUCAUCUCCACCUCGGUUACGGCGCUUCUACUGGCCUUCUGGGGCUGUCUCGCUACCAAAAGCCUGCAUCUGUACCUCUGGCACAAUUCCCCCGCCUACUUGCAAAUUGCGACAUGGCAGCUUGGACAAGCCCUCAUUGGAGCAGCUAGCUGUCCUAACCAGCCUGUCAAGAGCCUAUCCUGCACCGCCAGUGGGUCCACGUUACAGGGAACCCGGGGCUUACAAAUGGCGGGACCGAUGGUGCAAUAUCUCGUGAUGCUGGGGGCCCCGCAAUUGACACACCCAAACCACCCAAUCUGUGCUGGGCCACACGGCCUCGAUGACUUUGCCUUCAACGAGUUCAACAACACCUAUGGGCCACAGAUGAACACCUUUGCCGAGCCCAAUCACAACUUCCAGCCUCUGCAGCCUAACCAUGGCCCCCAGAUGGCUCACCAGAACGCUCAGUACCACGCUGCUGCCGCCCGGGCGGCCGAGAUCAAGCACAAGGCCGAGCCCAUUGCUCCCAAGACACAGGCCAUGCACUUUGAGGAGUCAUCCCGCGUCGCUGCCGAGGAGGAUAAGCGCCGUCGUAACACGGCCGCCAGCGCUCGCUUCCGCAUCAAGAAGAAGCAGCGCGAGCAAGCUCUCGAGAAGUCUGCCAAGGAUAUGCAUACCAAGGUGACGGACCUUGAGAACAAGGUCUCGCAGCUCGAGACUGAGAACAAGUGGCUCAAGAAUCUGCUCGUUGAGAAGAAUGAGGGCAACGAGGACAUUGCUGCCUUGUGGAAGGAGUUCACCAAGCAGGCUGGCAGCAAGCUCAGCAAGUCGACCGGGUCGAGUAGCGCCAACGCCGGCAAGGAGGAGAGGUAG